AUCGUUUCGCACAAGAUUUUGCCGCCAACUUUGAUAGCCAUGGCGCCGCGAUCGUUCCGCUUGUCGCCGUCGUGCAUACUGGUGGUAUCAAUGGGUGACAUCACUCAGUGGAAGGGAGAUGCGAUCGUCAAUGCUGCCAACCAGCGGAUGCUGGGCGGCGGAGGUGUGGAUGGCGCUAUUCAUCGUGCCGCUGGGCAGGCGCUUCGGCGAGCAUGCGAGGCCGUGCCGCCCGUUGACGGCACAUCCAUCCGAUGCCCUACCGGGGAAGCUCGGAUCACUGGCGGGUUCCUUCUCCCCGCCAAGCAUGUGAUCCAUACCGUGGGACCUAUUUACAAAACCAAGGCGGAGUCGCGGCCGCUCCUCAAGGCGGCCUACGACAACUCGUUGGCGUUGGCGCUUGAACAUGGAUUGAGCUCGAUAGCGUUUCCCGCCAUCAGUUGCGGUGUGUUUGGGUAUCCUCUCCUAGAUGCGGCUGUCGUCGCCGUGGAUGCGUGCCAGCGCGUGGCGUCCUCGUCGCCCAACUCGAUUCAAGCGAUUGAGUUUGUCUUGUUUUCGCCCGAAGUCGUCCAAGCUUGGCUUGCCGCUAUUUCCAAAGCCCGUCUCCAAGAAAUUCGUCAUAACGACGACUUGUAGUUACAUCAGUCCUUGACAGCAUCGAGUACUUCACGGAUACUAAUGUAGUUAGUUGUCACGACGCCCAGAUCAGCAAUGAACUUCAGAUGUGAUUGUGCU